AUGAACUCCCGUACGCCUUCUCGGACAGACUCGGUCACUGUCUCUACCUCGAGCCCGGGGUCGAUUGCCGGGCAAAGUCGUUAUAUACAGAUGCUGUUGGAAGUGGACCAUAUGCCGUGGAUCUACAACAUCAUUGCCAGCGUCGCACACUGGGUGCUCCUUGCAGGAUAUCUAGUGAUUCCUGGAACAUUUACCUCCUUGCAGACGUCGGAAAAACUCAAGCAGGCUCUAGUUGACAACGGUGCUAACAAGGCCGUGUUGAACAAGAUUCAGAACCCGCCCCUCCUCGCGAUUGCCUGUGUGUUCUUCGCGAUAGGGACUAUGCUUCUGAUAUGGCUUUGCUGGAAAUGGCGCAGCAAUUACAUUUGGCUCGUCGGUCGGGUAUUUAUGUACGCAUACCCAGCUAUGUAUCUGUACACCGAUUGUUCCGUAUGA